UCUCUCCAUCAGCAGCGGUCUGGAUGCUGGCAGGGACAGAAACAUGGCUGUGAAUCUCGGUAAGAACAGACUGGCCCUGCUGACCGCCUACCAGGACGUCAUUGACGAGACCUCGGACACCGACUGGGCCUUGUACACAUAUGAGGAUGACAGCAAUGAUUUGACACUGGCAUCAUCAGGAGGAGGUGGCCUGGCAGAGAUCACGCUGACCUUUGACAACGGCAGGGUGAUGUAUGGCUUCUGCAGCCUGAAGGAGCCCACCGCCUCUCUGCCACGAUACAUCCUCAUCAACUGGGUCGGGGAAGACGUCCCGGAUGCCAGGAAGUGUGCCUGCGCCAGCCACGUGGCCACCAUCGCUGACUUCUUCCAGGGUGUGGAGGUCAUCAUCAAUGCCAGCAGUCUGGAUGACAUCGACCCGUCAGCCAUCGGGCAGCGGCUGACCAACGGGACGGCGAUGGUGGCGAGUCCCGUCCUGAGCCGCCUGAGAACCCGAGACGAAGAUCAUGGAGACGUGGGCACGGUGUACGAGAAGACCAACGCAGAGGUGGAGAUGAAGAAAAUCAAUAGAGAGGAGUUUUGGGAGCAGGCCAAGCGUGAAGAGGAGCUAAGGAAGGAGGAGGAGAGGAAGAAGGUGGCAGAGGAGCGGCAGCGUUACGAGCAGGAGCGGAUGGAGCUGGAGAGGAUAGAGCAGGAGAACCGAGAGAAGAGGUACCGCGAGAGGGAGAGGCAGAUCGAGGAGCACAGGAAGAAGCUGCAGGAUGAGGAAGAGGCCAGAGAGAGGCUUCUGAGCCAGACCACUAUCGUAACAGAGCCAAGCUUGGAGGACCUCAACCUGGACAAGAAGGAGUCAGAGGUGGAGGAGGCGAAGGCCAUAAUCGCCCAGCGGUCUGGGAAUCCGCGAGAGUUUUUCAAGCAGAAGGAGAGAGCCAUGACCAUCAGUGUGGACACCUCGCCCGUCUCCUUCCCCAGGACAGGGCAAUAUGACGAUGAAGCGAGCACAGAGCAAAACAUGGCAGCCGUGUCACCCAUUCCUAAAAUAGUCACCACACCCAUCAAAGAGGACUUCAGCAGGGAUGAGGAGGACUGCAGAGACGAGUGGGAUUCGGAGCCAAAGCAGGAGCAGAAACCGCCGGUUCAGGAGUCGACACCCUCUAAACCUGUGCAGAGUGACGCCCCGCAGGUCCAUGACUCCAACUUCUCUGUGUGGCAGUCCGGGACAGACAGCCUGGUCGAUCUGUGGGACAGCAGCUCCGGCCCUCCCCCCAACCCCUCCCAGACCUCCCAGUCGUCCAACCUGGUGGACCUGAUGGAUGAUGUCCCUCACGAUGAUGUCCCGCCCAGCACCGCCACUGCCGCCGCCGCCAGUGGCAAGCCUCAACCUCUCCUCAGCUUCGAUGAGAUGAUGGACGGGACCUUCUCCUCGGGAGCCGGCACCGAGGAGGACCCCUCCAGUCUGGUGGACGUGACGGCUUCUGACCAGAUGACCCUCAGCUACCAGCAUGCACUGCAGCAUGCGUCCGGGGAGAUGCAGGAGCUGGAUGACGGACAGCUGCUGAUGACCAAUGGGGAGACGCUGCUGAAAGAAGGGACUCAGGUCCGGCAGGCGAGUGAGGGCUAUUUCAGCCAAUCACAGGAGGAAGAAUUUGGCCAAUCGGAGGAGUCCUCAGCUAAACCUGCACCGGUCUUUUAUAACAAGCCACCAGAGAUUGACAUUACGUGCUGGGACACGGACCCCGUGGUCGACGACGAUGAUGACUAACCGACCAAUCAGACCCCACCACGGGACCAAGAGGAAGUAGGAAGUGCGCUUCAUGAAGAAACAGAUCUUUUUCUAAAAAAACAACAACAACAACAAAAAAAAAACAAAAACCACAAACAAACAAAAAAGUAAUAAUAAUACUGAUACCGAAUCUUGCAUCAAAACUACUUCUGUAUUAUCUUUUAGAGGAAAACAAAACAGUAGCCACAGAAAAAAAAGGUUUGAGUUCAAGUUAAUGAUGGUUUGAAGGCUGUUAUGUUUUUUUCUGUGUGUUUGUUAUUUAUUUGUUCUUCUUCUUCUUUUUUUUUUUUUUUUUUUUUUGUUUUUGCUAUGCAGAUGUAAUCGCUGGGAGCGGGGGACUGUGUGUGAAUGAUUUAUUACACAUUAACGUAGCACACUGCUGCAUAUUAGAGACAAUGAAGCCCAGUGUGUUGCAGGCAGCCGACACACCGAGUCUGUAGUGCUUUAAUAACACCCUGUAAAACUAAUACAGCUGCCAUGUGUAUCUUCACUCUCUUCUUUUCUUACCUCUUUUUCUGCCUUCCUCCUCAAAUAUCCCAAAAUAUUCACCUCUGCAAGUCAGUUAAUCUUGUAUUUAGCCCUCACUUUGUUCUUAAGCCGGUGAAAUAUUUUAUUUAUUCUGGUGUAUCCGAACUCCUUUCACUAACAGCUUUUCACUAACAGCUCUUUUCUCAACACGAGUAAACUCAAACCGCGGCUCCUUUUUGACCUUUUACACUCCUUUUGUAUGAUUUUACGACUGAAUUCAAGAUUAAAUGGCUUGAGAAUCUGGUUGCUUUUUUUCAGUGCACUUUUAUUUCUUCUUCUGCCUCCUUGUGGGUGAACUGCAGCUUCUCAAUCAGCCCUCCCCUCUGUUUCCACAAAAUUCAUCAUUUUUAGCCCCCUUGAGUAUUUACAUGAGCAAAAAAAAAAAAAAAAUCAAAUCAAGAUGAAUAUACUGUAUAUUUUUCCAAGAGUUUUUUAGCAGAGUUUGGCUUCAUGCUAACAAACACGAAGCCACCGUCAGCUUGUGCUCAUAGAAAAAAUAAUGAAUCCUUUGUAUGAUUCUUAUUCUUCUGAAAUUUCUCCAAAGGCUAAAAUAGAAAUGUUCCCACCAGGUCCUUUAUUUUUGCAGAGCAUUUGGCACAGUUCCUGCACCUGAGUCGGAGAGGGUAUUUUGUUUGUUUUUUUCUUUUUUAUUUAAACAUUAUUCAUAAUUUUAAUGUUUUUUCUGGCAGUUACUGAUGGUGGAGGGAAGUUGGGAUGAAACCGCUGGAAGCAAACUUGGGCCAACAUUAUUUUUUUUUUUGUCUUUGUUUUAAUCUCUCUGGAGAACCAGAUGUUCCCGCUUCACACAGCCAGAAAACUGUAGAAACCUGAGAGGAGGGACACAUUGUAAUAAUAACUAAAACAAGCAGCAGUGAACCUCCUGACCACACGCUCACUGUUAGCAAAUCAUAGCUUUGAGCUUAAGAGCAACAUGGCAUGGAAAUAUGUUGUAUGCACAAGAACAGGAAACACACAUUAAUUGUUACAUUUAGGUAAAGGACAUUUUCGUUUCAGCGUGUGGUUCUACGUUUUUAAAGCUGCUGAACUGUCAAAACGAAGCUUCAGAUUUGUGGUUCUCAGCUGUGCAAACACAGCAGAACAGCCCUUUAAGGCUCCUGCAGACAUGCAGCCACUGUCACACUUUAACUUUUUCCUUCUGUCUUGUGAUCUUUCCUUGUAGUUUCAUAUCAGACCUACAGUAUUCAGACUGUAGCACCUAAACAGGCUGAAGUCAGCUCUGACAGUAUCUGUUACGUGAAGGUUUGAGAAGUGAAGAGAUGCCGGGAUGUCGGGAUCCAGAGGCCACCGAAGUGCUGAGAACAACCUGAAGUCUUACAAAUUGAUGCAUUUAGAAAAUGUGAGGAAAAGACGAGUGCUCAGUCUCAGUAUUUUAAACUUUGAUGGCAGAACAUUUCCAGCGACUGUGGAAAAGCAUUUGAAAACCUUUCUGGUUCUCCACGCGGCUCAAAACAAACAGAAAAAAGUCAUGGUGACCGACCCACGUCUGCUUCUGCUUCCCGACUGCUUUUGUUCUGUGCCAAUGCAAAAAGCACUGCAUGUGUUUUCUUUCUUUCUUUUUAUUUUAAUUGCUGUGAUAUUUAGUUGACCUGGAAACUGGAGUGAGAGGUGGGGCGGGCUGAGACGAGAGGUGUGUGUGUGUGUGUGUGUGUGUGUGUGCGGGCGCGUGUGUGUGUUUUUAAUACCUGUCAAAAAGUGUGCUAGAAUUGAUUUUCAGGACCUUUUUGAAUAUUAGCAUCAACAGUGUUAGUCUUUUUUUUGCUGUAAAUUCCUGUAGAAAAUAAAAACUCUUAGGCAAUAAUAACA